UUGUAGGCUAACCGUCACGCAAAACUCGGCCAACAUACUCACGGCUGCUUGUUUAGUGAAGGUUGCUUCUACCACGGAGCUUCCGUUGUCAACGAGCUUCCACCGGAGUGUCCCCGGGACACAAUGAGCGCCGGGCGGCCGUCAGAAGGCGCAGGCUGCGUCAACUGGUGGGGCUUCAGUCCAGCUCGAGACCUCAUCAGUACAGGCCCCGUGAGCCAUGAAGGGGAAGUCAACAUUUUACUAGUCGGCAGUAGCGAUCCGAGACAUCUUCUGAAAACCUUGGCUAAUCUGAGGGACGAGGACGUCCUUAACGUAUGGCUGUUUGAAAACAGCAUGGAGGUGGUCGCCAGGCAAAUGCUGCUGCUCUACAUCACACUGACUCCGCAGCAAAAAAUGGGACUAAAUGAGAAGACAGAGACGUUCCUGGAGGUGUUUGGCAACAGCGUGAUCCGCAAUCAGACGCACGACACGGUGAAACGUUUGGCGUCGCAGCUCUGGCACCACGUCAGCGACAUCCCGGAGUCAGACGCGCACCCUUGCUUCAACACAUCUCUUCUCAAGUUUAAGGAGCGGGAUGAGCUGGCUAGGAUUUUUAAAUCAUGGAUGCAGCCUUCGUCUUCUUCCGCUGCUCCUGUCUCCAUAGCCAAAGCCUGGGAUUACCGCGUCAGGCAGCACCUUGGCACACGCUACGACUCAAAGAAGGGCUGCUUCGACUGGGACCUCACGAUGAAGCUACAUGAGAAGGGGUGCCGUGUCAUUAACAAGCAUCAGUACGUCCGGUGGAGGGAGAGCGGCCUGGCCUUUGAACUGAGGGAAGGCGUCUACCAAAUAACCAACCCGAGCUUGCUGUCCUCUCGGGUGUUCAGCCAGAGAGGGGACCGAGUGGCUCUGAGGGGCUACUGGGGAGACAUCGCGUCUAGUCCUUACCUGGCCUUCGGCAUUGAAACCGAAAACGAGAACUUGCUGAAGACGCAGAACGGCCAACACGUGAAGACAGCACAGGACAUCUCCUUUGCAAACGUGCAAGAUUUUUUCCAAUCCCUGUCCAGGAGACGGGAAUGCCCUUCUACUCCUCAGUUCGACGCAGAGGAGGAAAAUCCAUCCACAAAUAUUGAACAUAAUUAUCUCCCAGUCAACGACCUGAUGCGACUUAAAGGGGUGUCCGUCAACUUCCUGCCUCUGGAUUCCCUUCAGAAGCUGCCAGAAAAACAGAAAUAUGCCAACUUCUUCGACAUUAUCCACUUUUCUGCCAGCUGCGCACACCAUUUGGGCCCAAACAUCCAGCAGAUUGCAGCACCAGACGCUGUGCUCAUCGUGGAGUUGGCCAAGUUCAUUUUGGACCUGAACAAAGAGCAAGAAGCUGGUUUUGCAGAGCGAGUGACCAGCAUGUGUGUGGAAGCCGGAUUCCAACCGUGUUGUGGGACAAAGAGUGAUGACGUUUAUGCUGUUUUUGAACCACACAAGGACAAGUGAUGCUGGCUCCAUGUUUUUCCUCAGUCAACUAUUUCACAGCACAUUUUGCCAGGAGCGUGGGUUCCUGCUCAGUGACGGUGUGAAUGUGAGUGAUCAUCUACAUGUGCCCUCAUCAUGUUCCCGAUGACAAAUUAAACAGCAAAUUUUCAUCCAACGCAGCAAUUUAUUCAUGUUUGUUUCCAAGUGGUGUGACAAUGCAAAUGUGCCAUCGCCACCAUCUUUUUUUGACAGUUGAGGGUGUCGACUCACUUCCAGCGUCCUCCAACCUUCCCCUUCCCGUGGCCCUUUUUGCUGCUCCGAGG